UUAUUUUGAAAAUCAUCGCCGGAAGUUGUAACUUGGCUGUAAAUUUACACUGUAUUUGAUUCAUGUUUUGUUAGCUAAUCUAGCAAGCAGAUGCCGACUGCUUCAACUUAUUUUCAGAUGAAUAUAUGUGCAUAAAACAGUUCACACGCCACUCCUACUGAGAAGGGAGGAUGGCACACCACCGGACCCCACCUGAGACAUCCCAGAGGACAGAGUACCUAGAGGCUGAUAAUGAAUCCGACAGGGACUCUGGUGUUGGGGAUGAUGCAGGAGAGGAUGCUGACAGUUGCCAUGGAAGCACAGUAACAGAAGAAGAAAAACUUGAGAAGCAUGAUGGCGGGGAGGAAGAAGAUUUUACAGUCUUUGUUGCCUUUCAAGGAAAUAUGGAUGAUGAAGACUUCACUCAGAAACUUGAGACAAUCCUCAGUGGGAUUCCAAAUGUGCUCGAUAUGGGCCCUGAGCGGCUUCAACCGCAGCACGUGGAGCCGUGGAACAGCGUGCGGGUUACCUUCAACAUUCCUCGGGAUGCUGCUGAGCGACUCCGUCUGUUGGCCCAGAACAACCAGCAGCAGCUCAGAGACCUGGGGAUUCUCUCUGUCCAGAUAGAAGGGGAAGGUGCCAUCAAUGUGGCUAUGGGACCAAAUCGAGGACAAGAAGUAAGGGUGAAUGGACCAAUGGGUGCACCUGGUCAGAUAAGAAUGGAUGCUGGUUUUCCUGGUCAGCCUGGUCCAGGAGGGGUUCGGAUGGCUAAUCCAUCGAUGGUUCCUCCAGGGCCUGGCAUGGUAGGUCAGACUAUGUUACCAAGUAGUAGUGGACAGAUCCACCCUCGACUUCAGAGACCACCUUCACAAACAGAUGCGAUGGAUCCAAUGAUGUCAGUCCAGCAGCAGCAACAGCUUCAGCAUCAACAGGCUGGUCCCCAUGGCUCAGGCCCCAUGCCUCCUCAAGCUGCCCAUCACAUGCAGGCUCUACAGGCUGGGAGACCUCUCAAUCCUGCUGCACUGCAGCAGCUACAACAUCAGCAUCACCAGCAGCAACAGGCUCAGCAACAAGCUCAGCUCUCCCAACUUGGACCUAGACCUCCAUUCAACCAAUCAGGCCAGAUGGCUGCGCCCUCUGGUUGGAAUCAGUUGCCUCCUGGUGUCCUCCAACCACCAACGGCCCAAGGAGGCCCUGCCUGGAGAAAGCCCCCACCCCAAGCACAGAUGGUUCAACGCCCACCUUCCCUUGCUACAGUUCAGACCCCCAGUCAUCCUCCGCCCCCCUACCCAGUUGGCAGCCAGCAGGCUGGGCAGGUAUUCGGUGCCAUGGGACAGGGACAACUACAGCAACAACAACAAGCUGGAAUGGGUCAGUUUGCUGCUCCCCAGCCUAAAGGUCAACAGCCUGCCGCUGGUGUUGCAGGGCCACCAAGACCUCCUCCACCCCUACCACCAACUACUGGACCACAGGGUAACCUCACUGCCAAAUCCCCUGGUUCGUCCUCAUCUCCUUUUCAGCAGGGUUCACCGGGGACACCACCUAUGAUGGCUCAGAGACCUACAACUCCGCAGGGCUUCCCCCAGGGUGUAGGUUCACCAGGAAGGGCAGCCCUCAGUCAACAGGGUAACAUGCAACAGGCAUUUAUGGGAAUGCCACAGCAUGGACAGCCUGGGGCCCAAGUUCACCCAGGUAUGCCAAAGCGUCCCAUAGGCUUUCCAAACCCAAACUUUGUUCAAGGUCAGGUGAGUGCUAGCACUCCAGGAACCCCUGUUGGAGGCCCCGGCCAGCAGCUACAGAGCGGCCAAGCAAUGGCUCACACAGGAGCUCAACCAUCAGCCUCUACACCAAGCUCAAUGCAGGGACCACCCCAUGCUCCACCUAGUGUUAUGGGUGUUCAAAGUGGCAUGGCAGGUUCAGCGCCUGGUACAACUGCUGGGCCUAGUAUGGGCCAGCAACAGCCUGGCCUCCAGACCCAGAUGAUGGGCCUCCAGCAUCAGGCCCAGCCUGUGUCCUCCUCCCCCAGCCAGAUGGUUCAAGGCCAGGGUGCCGGUCAGACUGUCCUUUCAAGGCCCAUCAAUCAAGGGCAGAGAGGAGGGAUGACCCCACCCAAGCAGAUGAUGCCUCAGCAAGGCCAGGGGGUGAUGCAUGGGCAGGGUCAGAUGGUUGGAGGCCAAGGUCACCAGGCCAUGCUCCUGCAGCAGCAGCAGCAACAACAGCAGCAACAAAACUCAAUGAUGGAACAAAUGGUUGCCAACCAGAUGCAAGGCAACAAGCAGGCUUUCGGGGGCAAGAUGCCAGCCGGGGUUAUGCCUGGGCAGAUGAUGCGUGGUCCUUCUCCAAAUGUACCAGGUAAUAUGGCUCAGUUCCAGGGUCAGGUUGGCCCACAGCAGAUGACUCCACAGCAGCAACAGCAAAUGGCUCAACUUCAGCAGCAGCAAAUGCAACAACACCAGCUGCAACAGCAGCUACAACAGCAGCAGCAACAGCAGCACCAGCAGAUGAGUCAGCAACAGUCGCAACAGGUUCCUGUUGCUGGAAAUCCUAAUCAAGCUAUGGGCAUGCAUGGGCAACAGAUGAGACUGCCUUCUGGGCACCCUCUCAUUCAACAACAAUUGCAACAGCAGCAGUUACAACAGCAGCAGAAGCAACAACAAGCCAUGAUGCAACAGCAGCAACAACAACAACAACAGGCAGCUCAGCAACAUCCACAUGCAAUGGGGGAUCCCAACAGUGGGACAGGAGAUUUGGGAGUACAACAAAUGGUUCCUGAUAUGCAGGCACAGCAACAGCAAGGCAUGAUGGGAGGCCCUCAGCACAUGCAGAUGGGAAAUGGACACUUUCCAGGUCAUGGCAUGAAUUUCAACUCACAGUUUCCAGGUCAGAUGCAGAUUGCAGGACCUUGUGGACAGCCAGGUGGCUUUCCUGUUAGCAAAGAUGUUACACUGACGAGCCCACUGCUGGUCAAUCUGCUGCAGAGUGAUAUUUCAGCCAGCCAGUUUGGACCAGGAGGAAAACAAGGAGCAGGUGGGGGAAAUCCAGCCAAACCCAAAAAGAAGAAGCCAGCACGCAAGAAGAAGCCCAAAGAGGGAGAAGGUCAACAGCAAGUAGAGGGACUUGGUAGUCUUGAAGUGGCUGCUGGCAUGGAGGAUGCUGAACUGCCAAAUCUAGGUGGUGAACAUGGUAUGGGUUUAGACAACGCAGGCCAGAAACACCCUGAAUUUGCUAACAGGCCUGCAGGCUUUCCUGGCCAACCUGGAGACCAGAGAGUAUUGCAGCAAGUACCCAUGCAAUUUAUGCAGCAGCAGCAACAACAACCACCAUCACAGCAGCAACAACAACAGCAGCAGCAGCAACAACAACAACAACCACCAUCACAGCAACAGCAGAUGCAGCAGCAGCAGCAACAACAACCACCAUCACAGCAACAACAACAGCAGAUGCAGCACAUGCAACAACAGCAGAUGCAGCAACAACAAAUGCAGCAUCAGCAGCAACAAAUGCAACAGCAAAUACAGCAACAGCAGCAACAGUUGCAGCAGCAGCAACAGUUACAGCAACAACAGCAACAGUUGCAACAGCAGCAGAUGCAACACAUGCAACAGAUACAAGGUCUCCAGAAUGCGCAAGGGCAGCAGGGGAUGUCAGGGCAGCAGGGGAUGUCAGGGCAGCAGACUACAGGUCAAGGCCAGCCCCAAAUGCACCCUCAUCAGCUACAGCAGCAACCACAGCAGCAACCACAACAGCAACCACACUUGCAACAGCAGCAACAACAACAGCAGAUGAUGAUGAUGCUGAAGAUGCAGCAGGAGCAGGCGAAGAAUCGUAUGCCCAUCCCUCCAGGAGGGCAGCUACCUCCCCGAGGAAUGGGCAAUCAAACUGAGGUGCAAAGACAUCCUGUCUCACAGCAAGGCAACAUGCCUGUGAUGAUCAGCCUUCAAGGACCUGGAGGGGUGCCACCGUCACCUGACAAAGCUAGAGGAAUGCCCCUGAUGGUAAACCCACAGCUUGCAGGGGCUGCACGACGAAUGUCCAAUUCUGAUGCAGGACAGGCCCCCCAAGGUACUGGAUCUGAAGAAGCCCCUUCAGGUGCCCACUCAAAGCAGGACAGACCUGGUGGCCCAGAAAUGGGGGGACAACCAGGAAAUGGCCCUCAACAGAUUGUGGGCAAUCAGGCCUCCAACACUCACAUGAUGAAGCAAGGCCCUGGUCCCGCGCAGAUGCCCCAGCAUACUGGAGCUAGUCCUCAGCAGCAGUUACCCACUCAACCUCAACAAGGAGGCCCCAUGCCUGGUCUUCAUUUCCCCAAUGUCCCAACAACCUCACAAAGUUCAAGGCCUAAAACCCCCAACAGAGCCAGCCCCAGACCAUACCACCAUCCCCUCACCCCAACCAAUCGUCCACCCAGUACUGAACCCUCAGAAAUUAACCUUUCACCCGAGAGGCUGAAUGCCUCUAUUGCAGGGCUUUUUCCUCCCAAAAUUAACAUUCCUCUGCCGCCCAGGCAGCCAAACCUAAACAGAGGAUUUGAUCAGCAAGGUCUUAAUCCAACAACUCUGAAAGCCAUUGGACAGGCACCUCCUAGCCUGACUUUACCAGGAAACAACAAUGGCAGUGCUGGUGCAAAUAACACUAACAACAAUCAGCAGGCAUUUUCUGCUGGUUCUGGUGCUGGGAUGGUAGGUGCUAAACAGGACAAACCAGCUGGAGUGCAGGGUAAGAGGGCAAGUCCCAGCAAUAGUAGGAGGUCAAGCCCAGCCUCUAGUCGUAAGUCAGCCACCCCAAGUCCAGGAAGACAGAAAGGGGCAAAAAUGGCUGUCUCUGGCCCUCCACACCAGCAGCAGUUGGUCAGUCCUCAGGGCCAAACAAUGAUGCUAAGCCCUACCUCAGUUCCUCCAAGUCCAGUAUCUAUGGCUUCACAAGUGACUGGUUCCAUGGAGGCGCAGCAGACCCAGAGCAACCUUCAUGGAAUUCAAGGUAACCCUGCUGAUGGAGUCAGGGAUAGUCAGGGAAUGAUAACAGCAGAGCAGCGACAGAUGCCACAGUCUCAGUCACAGCCACAGCCUUUAAGGGAGUUAUCAGCACCCAGAAUGACUAGCCCUCGUCUGCCUGCACCUCAUCAGCCUAAAACUGACUUGGAACUGCAGACUGGCACUGUUGAUAGGCAGCUGACACACUCAGCACCUGUACAGGAGUCUGAGGUCUCACCUGCUAUCAGAGCAGCCCCGACUUCCCUAAACCAGUUACUGGAUAACACAGGUGUUCCAAAUAUGUCCCUGAGACCCAUACAGAGUAGUACUGUUAGGGAUGUGAUGGGAAAGGACAGUCCUAAGUCUGCUUUUGAUCCAGAAAGACCACUUCACAGUAAUUCCCAGAGCACAGAUGUGGCAGUGUCUGUUGCUAAUACUGCAGAAACCGAAGCUAAACUCAAACCUGCUGUCCCAGUCCCUACCAGCAGUCCUAACUUACUGCCUGUUUCAGUUCUUGGUUCACACCCUCCCAAUAGCAUGAACUCCAAUACCACUCCCAGCCUUAAUCAAAACCCAGUUUCCAGUCUUGGUGUCAUUCCUAGUUCAAAUGUAAAUCCAACACCUACACACUCAGUCAGUACCAACACUAAUGCCACCACAAGUGUAAACCCCAGUACAAUUGCUUCCAGUCAGAUUAGUUCUGCAUCCACUGUUAGUAAUAGUUUGAAUUCUAGCUCUGCUGUCAACCAAAUUGGUUCAGCUCCAAAACCAAGCCCUAGUCCUAAAACUGUGACAAGUGUCCACUCAGUCAUACAGAUCCCUGCCUCUUCUAGCACCAUUUCCCCCAACCAGAUCACUGUGUUUGUGGCCUCAAACCCUAUCACUUCUGCCCCUGCUUCACAGCCACCCACAUCUAUGGUUUCCACUAUGGUGGCUGUCCCUCACAGGAACAUUAGACCUCAAGACAUCCGGCAGCAGAAUUCAGCAUCCCGACCUCCUCAGUUCAUCACAACCACCCCUGUAUUUAUCAACCCAAUUUUCCAGGUCCCAAGUUCAUCUGUGGCUCCCAAUACUACAGUGGUAUCUCAGUCAGUCACCAUGGUGGGGUCUAUCCAAGUGUCAAAUGCAAAUAUCCAACUGUCUGCUGCUCCAACCUCUACCCAGUCCUCAGCGACUAACAUGACCAGCAGUCAGCCCACUAGAAAUGCUGUUGGACAGCUUCAGAUUGCCACUAGUAUGUCAUCACCGGCCCCAGCACCUCCCCUAGGUCUUCAAAGUAACCCAGCAGCUAACAAAACAGAAAGCCCUGGUGAGGCUACUUCUACUCCAAAAUCUCACCCAGUCCCACAGCCAUCUCCUCAUCCCAGCCCUUCAGCAUCUUCUCCCUUUCAGCCACCUCUGGCUUCUCCUCCUCCCUGCUCUAGUCCUGGGGCUGUUAACACCGUCCGGAAAAGCCCUGUUUCUUCAUCUCCAACUGCCCAGUUAAGAAGUAAGCCUGCACAGGUUGCUGUAGCUGUUUCUGUUACAGCGGACUCCCAGCAAAGUUCUGUGGAAAGGCCUGGACAGGGGCACACAGGGGCUGUGCCGCCACAGGUCUUUCAUCCUCCUGCUAGUCCAGCCAUUCAGACUGAAGCACAAGCUCCCCAUACUACUGCUGUUUCCCAAAACACCCUUGCUAUGCCUGCAGUUUCAUCUCCAGUCCCAGUUCCUGGUCAAGUCACUGCUCCUACUCAGAUUAUAAGCCAGACUCAAGCACAUGCACCAGCUUCAGUCUCAACCCCAAUGCAAGCUGUAACAUCUCAAGCUCCUGUUGUGGCUGUAGUUGCUACUCCCACUGGUGUUUCUUCUCCAGCUGUGCUCUCCACGGUUCCCCUUGUACAAAGUCCAGUACCGUCCAUUAUUCCAACCCUUGCCACACCUGGACCUGUUCAGGAGGGUCCCCAGACCACAUCCUCUCCAGCUGGUAACCCAAGCGGAGUUCCAGCAGGCCAGUCUGACCCUGCAACAGCUGUGGAGCCCUCCAUCCCAACAGCUGGAGCAGCUGCUGAAACCACUCAGACCACAGCAGCACCUAUUCAACAAGAAGCUCCACAGUCACAGGAACCUACUGCCACCGAGAAGACAGGUGAAGAGGCCUCGACUGGUUCUGAACAGGGAUGGGCAAAGAAAAGAAAGGCGCCCAUCAACUUAGUCUCAAGAGCUGCUGUGGAGAAGCCCAAAGGGCCAAGCAGGCGCAGCUCCCGGGCUGAGAAAGAGGUGGAGGAGGAGCCAGUAGCAGACAGCAGCCUUAGGAAGAGAUCGGCCAGGCCUGCAACCAGUGCUGCUGUAAAAGAAGCUGGAGCGAGCCCCACACAGGCCAAGAGAAGGAAGUCUAAGUAGGCACGACUACAGUUGUGUUUACCUGUGAAAUGUACUGUAAAUGUUUUUGUUUCCCCGCUGUGAAUCACUUGAUAAUGGUUUCUCUGAGCAGGAUUAUAAAUUUUUACUAGAGGAAGAGACCUGUGUACAGAUUGUUUUAAAAGGAAUCAUGCUAUUGUCGUGUCCACGUGAGAUUGUAGUUAGAAGGUGUGCAUACAGUUUGUGUGAAUGUGCUUUUUAUAUGAAAUGCUGGAUUAAUCAUGUGAAGAUAGAUGGUGCAGCUUGUCAUGAUGGUAUAAUGUAAAACAAAUAAAAUUUUCUACCGCUUUUG